AUGAUGACAGGGAAUCCGAAUCAACACCUCCGAUUCACAAGUCUUCACCCUCGACGGUCCGAUGAGAGCCAUAGUUGCAGUAGCUUAGAUGCCAUCGCCGCAUUUGCCGAUGCAAUCUUCCAUUUCUUUCUUGCCAAAUCCAGUAAAUCGUCGCUUGCCAGGCUAACAGUGUUGAAGAUUGACGCGUCUAGCCAUAGAUCUCCAGAUUUCCAAGCUGAAAGGGCAAAUGAAGAAGAGAAUCCUGUCUCUCGUGGGACAACGAUUCAGGACCACCAACCAAGCGGAAGAAUCCACCUCCCGUUCCUCCACAUGGUCGCCAGUGUUGCCAAGGCCGGGAUUCCAAGCCUAGUGUUUCCCGCUCCUUGCAGAUACGUUUCCAACCUACCAAAAGGAGACCAAUUGUCCGUCCAGAACCGACACGCCCUUCCAUCUCCAAUCCUUAACUUUAUCCAGGGGCCACCCACACUGAGCCAGACUGGAAGAAGAGAAGCCAGAUGA